GGGUUCGAAUCUGGUUGGGUGGAGCCCCGAACUCACUGCGAUCACCUCGCUUCAUUAUCCUCUGACCUGGCUCACAUCCCCAUCCCCAUCCCCGUCACUCCCUGCAACGAGUGCCAACAUCCGAGGGAGAACUGGCUAUGCUUGAGCUGCAAGCAAGUUUUCUGCAGCCGAUUCGUGAACAAGCACAUGGUCGAGCACCAUCAACGGACGAAUCAUCCCAUAGCGCUUAGCUUCAGUGAUUUAUCAGUGUGGUGUUUCUCCUGCGAUGCAUAUUUGGAUGUACCGGCCAUUCCGGCGUUGCGGAUUGCUCAUAUGACUGCAUAUGUGCUGAAAUUCGGGGAAGCUCCUCCGCUCCCUAGUAAUGAGUUUCUGCAUCUGGAAUAACAAGCCUGAUUUCUAGCUCUGGAAAUUGAUCUAUUUAACAUUUUGACCCUGAUUUGAGGGAUGUGCUGAAAUAAAAGUUGUUAGAGACAUUUAUGAUUCAUGUAUUCUUCACAAUGCUGCUUAUACGGUAAUACGGAGUAUAUUUUUAAGCUAAAAACUUCUCGAA